AUGUGCCGUGGCCACGGAAAAAGAGACCGCUCAACGCGGCCUGCCGAGGUCAUUGCAGCAGCGAGCUCCGACGACAAGCUGAAAAUGUGCAAGAAGUUGGGAGCAGACUACGUGGUGAAUUACAGCAAGCAGAAAUUGAAAGACGCAGUUGGAGAGAUAACGAAAGGCGAAUUUUGCGACGUGAUCUACGACCCGGUCGGAGGUGAGAUCUUUGACCAGUGCGUGAGGUGUGUGACACCGAAGGGCUACGCGCGACUGCUCGUCGUCGGCUUCGCGUCUGGGACCAUCCCAAAGUUCGGAAUCAACAUGGCUCUGAUCAAGGGCUUUGACCUGGUGGGCGUCCGAUCCGGCGCUCAACUGGGCCUCGGCCCGAGGGAGGGGCCCACCUUAUAG